AUGACUAGGGAAAAAUUAAAAAGAGAUGGAGGAAAUUCUAAUACUUUUAAAAAUAACCUAGAAAAUGACUUAAAAGCGAAGUUUGAAAAGACAGAAAAAGAAUUAGCAGAAAAACAGCAAGCCGAAGAACUGGAAAAAAAGAAAAAAGAGUUAGAAGAACAAAAAAAAGACCAGGAAAACCCAGAAAUAGCCCAACUAACUGCUUUAAAAAACCAAACCAAAGACUUUUUUAGAAACCUGGAAAAAAUGUGUGAAAAUGGAUUUCCUAAAUUGCUAACUAAUGAUGAUUAUAACGGAUUAAUUAUUGCCAUUAAUGACCCCAAUUCUCCCAGUAAUGAUGAAUUAAAAGAAUUAAAAUUGUCUGAGGAAUAUUAUAACCUUAUCGAACAAUAUUUUGAAGAAGCCAAGGCAGAAGUUAAAAAACAGAAUAGAGAGGAGAAAACCGAACUAGUUAAUAAUAAGAAUGGGAAUUUGGGAACAAUAUUGUUUAUAGAAGCCCAAAUCACUCUCAAUAGAGAAACCCGCGAAUUAUCAAGGAAAAAACUAUUAGACCAUUUAAUCUACAAUUGCGGAGAUUAUCAUCCAGUUAGUUUGGAAGGCAUGGUAGGAAGAAUUAGCAGUUUCCUUACCGAAAAAGAAAGACUAGAAAAAGAAAUAGAAGAUUUAAGAAAAGCGGAUGAAAAAAAUAGAAAAUUGAGUAGAGAAGAAAGAAUAAAAGCAUCCGAAAAAGAACAAGAACUUCAAGCCCAAAUUGAAGUUUUAACGAAAGAUAGAAUUGAGAUAGGAAAAAUCCACGAAGGUUCAAUUGAAGCCAGUUUAGAAGUUAUAAAUGAUAAAGUAUUAAUUCCCUUAAAAAUAAAAAAACUUGGUAGUCAUAGUGAAAAAGGUGAGAAUGGAAAUGAAUUAGGUUCAUUGGAUGUUUACAAUAAUUAUGAGAUAAUAACUCCUAACAAAACAAUUGUUUUCGCUAAUUCCUUUAAAAAAGAAAAGGAGGCAAACAACAAAACAACAAAAUACACAGAAGUGGAUGCCGAAGAAACUAAUAAUGGAAAAGAGGAAGAAGACAAAGAACAAGAAAAUAAGCAAGAGGAAAUCAAAGAAACUUGCCCCCAUUGUCAAGAAGAAAAAACCGACCAAACAAUCGGUAAAACCAACCGCAAGAAUAAUCCAAAAGAAAAGAAACUAAAAAACUACUAUGAUAUUUUGGAAGUAAAAAAAGAUGCUUCUGAGGAAGAAAUUAAAGCGGCUUAUAAAAGAAUGUCACGAAAGUAUCACCCUGAUAAAGCUACUAAAAACGGAUUAACCACCGAAGAAGCUACCGAGAAAUUCCAAGAACUUCAUACCGCUUAUGAAGAAUUAACCGAACAAGUCCAAAAACAAGCCCGCCGAAAGAAAUUAUCUUCGCAAACUGGAAUAAUAGCCUUAUUUGUAAUAGUAGGGAUAGGUGUUAUCAAAUAUAGAGAUGUCAAAAUUAUUAACAAAACUGCUACCGGACUACCUAUUUAUGAAUGUAUUAACAAGACAACUGAUGGUAAAUGUAAAAGUCUGCAAGUCGGAAAAAAAGGUAGCGGUCUAGUCUUACAAAAGGGCGACCAGUGUUUUGAUUGUCAAUUUGCCGGACUACCUUACUUACAAACGAACAGCAACUCAACCCAACUUUUAGUGCCAAAAUCUCCCCAUCGCAGAUCUCGUUCUUUUGGUAAUCUAACUACUCAACCUAGUGAAGAUAGCGACUUAAUGUCACCCACCAACUCUAAUUUACGCCGACGCGGAGCCAUUUCCAAAACCAAAAAUGAAGAAGAGGAUAACGAUUCCAACCUUAAUCAAUCAAUGACCAGUGAUGGGAGCGAAGAAACUCCAAUCACAGUGACUAAUUUGGCUCUCGAUUUAAACGAAUUAAUUACAACUCUUAAAGAUUUUUUUAUUCAGCAAGACACCACUGAAUUAAUCCAAACUAAGCAACAGUUAAUGCAAGCACUAAUCAUCCAGCAAAAGUUAACCAGCGAAAAUGAACGGUUAAAACAGCAAAUCAGCGAGCUGCGACAAGAUAAGUUAUGA